UCUGUCUCUCUUCAGGAAAUGUCCAUUUGGAAGGCGGAUCAGCCCGCAUGUCUCUCCUGAUCUUGUUGUCCAUUUUCUUGUCUGCUGCUUCAGUCAUGUAUCUGGUGUACAGAAAUUUUCCUGAGUUAAACAGUGAUGAGAAAGAGAAGAUGAAGAUCCCUAAAGAUAUGGAGGAUGCCAAGGCCCUGGGGACAGUGCUCUCCAAAUACAAAGACACCUACUACACACAAGUACUGGUGGCCUACUUCACUACCUACAUCUUUCUGCAGACGUUUGCCAUCCCUGGUUCCAUCUUCCUGAGCAUCCUGUCUGGAUACCUCUACCCAUUCCCACUGGCGCUCUUUCUAGUCUGUCUGUGCUCAGGCCUCGGGGCCUCCUUCUGCUACAUGUUGUCAUAUCUAGUUGGAAGGCCCGUGGUCUACAAAUAUUUAACAGAAAAGGCAGUGAAAUGGUCCCAGCAGGUUGACAAGCACAGAGGUCACCUUAUUAAUUACAUCGUCUUCCUGAGAAUAACCCCUUUCCUGCCCAACUGGUUUAUUAAUAUAACUGCCCCAGUGAUCAAUGUACCCCUGGGGGUUUUCUUCAUAGGGACCUUCUUUGGGGUAGCUCCUCCAUCAUUUGUAGCUAUUAAUGCCGGCACGACUCUUUACAAGCUGACCACUGCUGGGGAGGCCGUGUCCUGGAACUCUCUCUUUGUUCUGGGGAUCCUGGCUGUCCUGUCCAUUCUACCGGUCCUGUUCCAGAAGAAGCUACAACAGAAGCUGGAGUAGAUCCCCCUCACCCUGUCCUCUACCUCUCUACAGCUCAGCACCAGUACAGGCCUCUGAGUCUGUGUUACGCCAUCAUCAUCCUCUGGGCUUCUUUCUAUAUGUUGCUGCCUAUUCCCCCUCCCCCAGUAUUGUAUUUUCUGAUUUAUUAUUUUGUAUUUUAUAUUUUUUAUAGGCAUUUAUUAAUUUGUAUAUGUUAUCAUUUUGGCCCUGUAAAACAUAGUUAAACAUGUUUUUUUAAACUUUUGAAGUUUUAACUUAAAAGCAAUAAUUUAAAGGGGUAUGUGUUUUAAAAUAAGUCACUUGAGGUCAGAGAUCAGAUUGUGUGUGUUCACUGGAGCCAGGGUACACUGACCUUUGAUUAGCUGUCAGUGUGGAAUUGGACAUGAAUCUCAGAGCUUUUUGCAAAAAUCAAUCAAAAGGAGACCUAUCCCUUUUAGCAAAAAGUAACUCUUUAUAUUAACCAGGCCCAAUUACCAAUAAUUGCCAUUGAUAUAAAUUGGUACAAAGUAAUCCUGUACUAUUUAAUUGUAUUAUGCUAACACUAGUCUUAAUCUGUUCAUUAACAGCUACUGUUGUGUAAGGGAUAAUUACCUCGUUUAAUGUUAUGUAAUUAAUUGUAAUUGAUGCCCAUUUAAUAUAGUGGGACCAAGGAAUUUAAUUUAACUGGAAUAAAAUAAAUACACUUUGAGAAAAUAUAUAUAUAAAUAUAAAUAUAUAUAAAACAUAAACAGGUACUAUUGCAUCAUAACAUUUAUAUUUACUUAAAAAAAAUGAAAUAAGAACAGGAAAUUGACAUUUAAACCUAAAACUAUCAUUGCUGAGGCCCUGUUUCCAUCUGGCCAACAUUAAAUUGUAAGACUUUGAGAAACAUGACUACUGAAACUUUUUUAUUAACUGCCUAUUAAGAAUUUGUCUUGUUGCACUUUGCAAAGGAAUUUAGAAGCCUAAAUAAAAACAUGCACUGUGUACGAAUGGCUGAACUCUGAGGAGAAACUGGAUUCCCGAUGUUCGGUACAGUUUUCUGCUGAGUAAAACCCCUAAAUAUUACAACUACUCUGACAAGUAUUUUAAUUCUGUCCCAUUUCUUCUUGGAGGGUCUAGUGUAUGUGGAAUUCUAAAAAUUGUCAUUGUCCAUGAAAAAAUUAUAAUAAUAAUAAUAAUAAUUAUCCAUAAUAUAAGCCAGUUGGCCCAAAACAACCCUUUUAUUAUUGUGAGUAAAUCAACUACAAGCGAGUAACGCAGUGUCUACAAAACCGCUGUAUCGUCCAAUCAGAUCCCAGAGUGACACAGUUGGAGGGUUCAUGCAAACAUGAGAGUGAGAGGAUAGGAUCAAUAAAACCACACUGAAUAUCUAUGAACAGCACUGUUAAUUGAACUACUGUGCUAAAUCUUUUGUAGACUUAAAUUUAGUUAGGUACGUUCACUAUAUUAAAAUCUUCUAUAUUUUCAUUGAAUCCACCUGUUCGCUGAAAUCAGAUAGCUUAGAGCUGCAUUAAAGUUUUAUGUCAGUUUUUGUUUUCAUUUUUCUGUAUGUACAUUUAACUUGGACAUCUUUCUAAAUACAAAUGGUUUCCUUUUUGGUGCUUUGCUGAAUGUUCGAUAUCUAUAACAAAAAGAAACACGCGCAUUAUAUGGUUAUGUUACUUGAUGGGAAAUGUUGUCUCUAAUUGAAUUUCCUUACCUAAGGUAACAUGAGGCGAUACUAAUUGGGAUCUGUUAGUUGUAGUUUUAAAUUAAGUGUUCGUAGUUUUAUGAUACCUUAAAUGCCAUUUAUUUGAACUGCCAAGGUGAGAUUUUUGUACCAUAGUUUUUACAGCAAUUGAGCAUUGGUAUGGGAAAGUUUUUUUUUUUUUUUUUUUUUUUUGUCAUUUUUACUGUGAUGUGGCCUGUCUGUCAGAUCUAUCUGCACGGACUAAUGUUGUGCCAUCAUCUUUGCCAUGAACGCUGUUUAUUUGUUCAUUGAGGGAAAAAAAAAAUGAAUAUCUUAAUUGUAAAAUAUAUUCAAAAUUCAUCAGGUGAUAAUAAAAAAAAGUUGGAGAGAGAAAAAAUAAUUGACCUAAAGUAGCGUGCAAAUGUAUUGGAACACCAAGGUGUGUCAUGCAUAUCCUUUAUUUACCGACCUGCAUGAAAACCUUUGGGUGUGAGAAUUUCAAUCUGCGAUCAGUAAUCUGUGAUAUAGACAAAGUGUUAGACCUCCUUUUACAAUUUCUAAAAACUAUUUUGAAGUGAAUGUGACCUAUUAACGUCAGCAAUUAAAUUAGGCUAAUGUACCUAUUUUGACAAUUUUUCAAGAUUUUCAAAAAUAUAACAAUUCUGGUUUGGGACACAAGAUGGCAGCCUGUGCACAUUUUAAAAGACCAUUAGAACCCAAGCAAGCACUGUCAAGGCAGAGUUAUUUAAGCACAUUUUUCUUUUUGUCGUCUCUGGUUUCAGCUAGGCCCAUCUAGCCAGGUCCUGACCUACAAGCGGUUGGUGAUUGAUUUUCACGAAGAGCUAAGUCUUGUAAAAAUAAAACAGGGUUUUGCAGUCUGUUAUUCUAAAAUGUGAUGUGUCCCAUGCUGAUUGUACUGCGGGGAACCACAUAGAUGUGUACACUUUUCAUGCGGUGUCUUUUUUUUAAAAUGUAAAGUGCAAGGUGAUGGCUUUUGUACCAUAUGUGAACAGUCUAUAUAACAUGCAUCCACUCAGUAAGUCUCAGUAUUAACAUGCGCACUUGAAAUGUACAGUAUAAUAUAUCAAUAUUAUUCACAAAACUUCACAAAAAAGUGUCCUGAUCAGAUAUUUAUUAUGAACUAAUAAAAACAAACAUCAUGUUUUAUGUUUUUAUUGAUUCAUGCAACAUCUGUAUUUUAAAAGCCUGUUUGUCAUAGAAUCUUCAAACUUGUGUAGAACGUAUUGGCUAUUAUCAUAGGUGUGAUCAUUUUUAUGGGAUCUGGUUUAGAGCAAUAAAUUAAUAAUGUAA